GCUGCUCCGAACCAACGUUCCUUCUCUCCUCUCUCUCUUGCUCCAUAUUCUCUCGCCGUCAUUUUGAGUUAAUACGACGUGCAUACUUUUAUUAAUUUGCAUAUUCCCUAUCUACCCUCAAGCUGACACUCCCGACCGUCGUCCGGCUGCUGUUUACUCCGUACCCCCCGACAACCUGCGCAUCAUCACCUGUUCUUAGCAAUGGUUCAAUAAACUAGCGAACGAUGCUUCUCGGAAAAAAACUAUAGAAAUUUCGAUUCGAAACCGCAAUAUACCCAGUACACCAUCCUCAUUUUCGCCGCGCACUCAUCCCUCUCGUUCCUUCCGACCUCUUCCCGAUCUGAAACCUGUGGCAUUCACUCCUGAUUUGCAUUCACGCCCAACCUAACCCCGAGAGAAGGAAAAGGUAGAACCACAGAAGAAAAAGAAGACAGCCACCAUGUCAAAUUUCGAAAAAUCCGUAAAGGGGGCCACCAAAGUUAAACUUGCGGCACCCAAAUCCAAAUACAUCGAGAAUAUCCUGGUAGCGACUCAUACUGGCGAUGCAGGCGUUGCAGAGAUCUUUCGAACCUUGCAUAUUCGACUUCGCGAAUCGACAUGGACGGUGGUGUUCAAGGCACUCAUUGUAAUCCAUCUGAUGAUUCGAGAGGGUCAAUUGGACGCUACGUUGCAUUACCUCUCGGACAAUCCGAGCAAGCUUGCUAUUAGUCAAUAUUCAGAGGUACAGCACCAGGGUCACAACAUCCGGAGAUACGCCGACUAUCUCCUCGCGCGCGCCAGGGUAUUCGAAGAUACCAAGACCGAUUAUGUGCGGAGCGGACAGGGACGAAUGAAGAGGUUGACAGUGGACAAGGGUCUAUUGCGCGAAACCGAAAUGAUUCAAAAGCAAAUCUGGGCCUUAUUGCGCUGUGAUUUAUUGGUGGACGAUGUCGAAAACGAAGUCUCCUUGACAGCGUUUCGUCUGCUCGUGCUCGACCUCAUGACCCUAUAUGCCGUCAUGAACGAGGGUACAAUCAAUGUUUUGGAACAUUACUUUGAAAUGUCAAGGCCCGACAGCGAGCGCGCCCUGGAGAUAUACAAGACCUUCACUGCGCAAACGGAAGAAGUGGUGAACUACCUUGGAGUUGCAAGACGAUUCGAAGGCGCAACAAGACUGGAAAUACCAAAGCUCAAACACGCUUCCACGGACUUGACACGACUACUUGAAGACGAUCUCAACGAUCCCGAUUUUGAUAUCCGGCGAGGAGAAUAUCUGGCACAGAAGAAUGGAGGCCGCGCAAAAUCGAGUCACGGACCGAGCAGUCGGCCUCCGCCAAGUCCCAAGACUACGCCUAAUCGCCCUCAAACAGCGCCCAGGCCCGAGAAGAAACAGACGGACUUGAUUGACUUUUUCGAUUCAAUUGAGCAACCCGCUGUGCAAGAGAACCAAUUGCGACAGCAACAGUACCUCCAGCAACAGCAGCAGCAGCAGCAGCAGCAAUACCAACAGGCGAUGCAGUUCCAGCAAACCGGAUUCCAACCACAACAAACCGGCUUUUAUGCUCAGCAAACGGGCUUCCAGCAACCUCAGCAGACCGGCUUCCAACAGCCACAACAGACGGGUUUCCAGCAGCCGCAGCAGACUGGGUUCAAUCAGUUUGGCGCAAAUAACCCCUUUGGACAACCACAACCACAAGUCCCACAGCCUCUUCAGCCUACUCCCACGGGUGCUGGUUUCGGCGGAUACUCCCCACAACCACAGUCCUAUGGAUACCAAAGCAAUUUGGCGCCCAUUCCGCAGAGCAAUGCUGCGUCCUUCCCAGCUCAACAGCAACCGCAGCAACCUCAACAGCUACAGCCACAGCACACCAACCCGUUUAGGCAGUCAAUGCUAAUGGCCACACCUACGGGAACGACCAUGCCUUCCGCCACACAGCUUAACCGUCAAAGCACAAAUCCGUUUGCACGGCGUAUGUCGAGCGUCAACCUCCAGCCCUCAUCACCGUCCCAAGCGCCAGCCCAACCCAUCCAGCCUCAGCGCACGGGAACCAACCCGUUUGCGCGCAAUUCAACCGUGGUUCCUCAACAAGGAUUACAGCCUCCUGUUGCAGCACCUCUCCGGCCGAACCCUACCGGCAGUACGAAUCCAUUCCGGCAGAGUGCAUUUGUCAACCAGCAGACUGGACAGGGUUGGCAGGCUAGUGGCCAGCAGGGCACGAUGGGCGGCUAUGAGCAGUUGGAUACGGUGCCAGUGUUUCCACGGCCGGGUAUGACAUAGCGUGUCGCUGUCGGCGGUCUUUUCCUUCGUUCAUUGCUUCUUCUUGCGUGUGUACUAUUGUAAUUCUGUUCUUUUCAUGUGAGCUUUUUUUUUUUUUUUUUU